AUGGUGGUCAUCGGCACCACGCGCGGGCACAUCCGCUUCUACGACCAGGACAUGUGCCUGCUGCACUGGUACCAGCAGUCCGAGCUGGACGCCAUCACGAGCCUGAGCUUCAGCGUGGACGCCGCCACGGCCGUCGCCGCCAAGGCCUCCGCGUCCUGGGCGGCCAGCAGGACGUCCUUCCCGACAGCGCGGCACAGCGUUGACGCGGAGCAGCGCGCCGUGCAGCAGCGGAUGGACUUAUCGCGGAUGAUUAGCGGGCCGCUGCCGCGAGGCCACGACGCCGAGGGCGCGUUCCAGGCGCGCGACCUGAUCGUGAGCACGGAUGCGGGUCGCAUGGUCCUCGUGUCCUUCGCGAGCGAACGCUGCGUGGUGCUGCACGACUACCAGGUCCCCAUCACCGCCAUCCAGACCCACACCGACAAGCCGCAGCUGCUGAUCGGCAGGGCCGACGGGUCCAUCUCGCUCAUCGACUACGAGAAGAAGGAGGUGAUGAUGACCUACGCGUUCGAGUGCAAGCCUGGAGCCGAGCCGGUGGCGGUCACGUCGCUCAAGUAUUCGCCCAAUGGUGCGGUACUGGCGUGCGGCCGCGCCAACGGGACGCUGUACCUGCUGCACCCCGUGCUGCUGCAGCCCAUCGUGCCCCAGCCGUUCCAGAAGACCCGCCACGCCGUCCGGCACCUCUGCUUCUCGCCCGACAACAUGUUCAUGGCACACUGCGACAGCGCCAACUUCGUGUCGGCGUACCGCUGCCACAACGCCGCCAAGGGCCGCUGGGUGUACCUGGGCAAGCAGCAGCUCCACGGCCUGGCCGUGCGCUGCCUGCUCUUCGGGCCGCAGCCCUUCGACGCGCCGCUCUUCUCGCUCGGCGAGGACCUCCUGCUGGUGGAGUACGACGUGGCGCACAGCAUGAACAACACGCUGGUCGUCCACCGGAUGGACCCGGUGGAGCAGUCGGGGGUUCCCUCGCACAUGACGUGGUGCCCGGGCCGGGAGGAGGGCGACGACUUGACGCUGCUCAUCGCCACGUCUGAGUACAAGUACAAACUGGUGGACCUCAAGUCGCGGAGCCUGUGCGGAACGUACCAGGGCCCGCGCCUCCGCACCCCCGUCUGCACCAUCAAGGUGGACGCGGUUCCAGCAGCCGGAGGACACUGCACUGCAGGAAGUUGAGCUUGAUCGCGUUACCUGGCGUUCCCCCAGACGGUGGGCGGGGCUGCGGCCAAGCCCCCCGCCACCGCCGUGUACGCCACGCAGCGCCACAUGGGCCUGCAGAGCCUGCCCCCGGACGGCAACCCCUACACCAACCUCGCCAUGAUCGUCCACCCCGUCAAGAUCAUGAACUUCAUCACCUCGUCGUGCGAGCAGUACGUGUUCUCGUGCGGCGAGCAGGACCACAGCGUCUUCAUGUGGCAGAUCAACCCGGAGGCGGUGGAGGCCAUCCACGCCGAGGGCGACGAGACCGGGCUGGAGCCGUGGCUGCUGGCGCUGCACGGCGGCCGCGACGGCUGGCUCUUCAAGGCGAUGCAGGACAUGUUCUGCUUCGCGCAG